CUCCAUAGCAAUUGAUCGACCGAGAACUCAAUUGCCAAGGAUCAUCGCAAUUCUUUAUAACCCGACAAUCCCCACCCACCUUAAUGGAUCUCUCAUCAAUCACCCACCAACAAUGGCAGCCCUCAUCUCCUACGCCCACUCCCUGGCCGACAAAGGCCUCGAAUCCCUCAACCUCCUCGAAAAACGCCAAGUAGGCUGGAUGACAAAAAAUCGCAAAACAGGCAUCUACCUCCGCGAACAACAACACCUCACCAAAAAGCUCAAACUCCUCGUCCUCUUCUCCAAACCCGUCGAAUGGAUCGACACAACCUGGGCUGGCCGGUACUACCUCCACGAAAAGAAUGAUGAGCAGAAGAUCAAGGAGGAAAAGGCGAAGAGUAAGGAGGAGAUUAAGGGUUUCAUUGAUUAUUUUGAGAUUAAUAUGGGGGAUUAUGAGCCGAGUGAUCCGGCUGCUUAUGAUACCUUUCAAGCGUUCUUCACGCGUCACCACCGCCCCGGGGCCCGUCCCAUCGCUGCUUCCGACAACGACAGCGUCGCCGUAUGCGUCGCGGAUUCCCGCGUAGUCGUCUACGACACCGUCACCCAAACAAAAAAACUCUGGAUCAAAGGCAGAAACUUCUCCAUCUCCAACCUUCUCAACGACCCCACCCUCGCUGAACCCUGGUCAAACGGCUCCGUCGCCUCAUUCCGUCUCUCACCACAAGACUAUCAUCGGUACCAUUCACCCGUCUCUGGGACAGUAAAGUGGUGGAAGGAGUUGGAUGGGGAGUAUUAUGACGUCGACCCCAUCUGUUUACAGUCCGAUAUCGACAUCCUUACCGCAAACGCCCGUUCCGCGAUGUGUAUCGAUUCUCCCGCAUUCGGGCUCGUGCUCUUUGUCGCGAUCGGUGCAGUUGACGUCGGAACCGUCAAGCUCAAUCCGAAGUUUAUGACGGAGGGGGCGAGUGUCAGGAAAGGGGAUGAGGUGGGAAUUUUUGAGUUUGGGGGGAGUUCGAUUAUUGUUGCGUUUGAGGGGGGGAGGGUAGCGUUUGAUGAAGAUUUGAGGGAGGUUAGUUUGGAGAAGGUCAUGAUGGAUGUGGAGGUGGGCAUGAGGUUGGGGGAGGCAGUGAGGAAUGAGUAAGAGGGGCUUGUGGAAGGUUGUAGGACAUUUGAUACCACUUGCAACCAAGGAUAAGUUCAUAUAUCAAUAUUCGAUUCAUUAACCGCCAGGCCGGUCAGCUAGCCCAUU